UCGAGUUCUCUCCUGCACGCACGCUUCGCCAUGUCCGAGACCGCGCCCGCCGCGCCCGCCGCCCCGGCCCCCGCCGAGAAGACGCCGGUGAAGAAGAAGGCUCGCAAGGCCGCAGGGGGCGCGAAGCGCAAGGCGUCCGGCCCCCCGGUGUCCGAGCUCAUCACCAAGGCCGUGGCCGCCUCCAAGGAGCGCAGCGGCGUGUCCCUGGCGGCGCUCAAGAAGGCGCUGGCGGCCGCCGGCUACGACGUGGAGAAGAACAACAGCCGCAUCAAGCUCGGGCUCAAGAGCCUGGUGAGCAAGGGCACCCUGGUGCAGACCAAGGGCACCGGCGCCUCCGGCUCCUUCAAGCUCAACAAGAAGGCGGCUUCCGGCGAGGCCAAGCCCAAAGCCAAGAAGGCGGGCGCGGCCAAGGCCAAGAAGCCCGCGGGGGCGGCCAAGAAGCCCAAGAAGGCUGCGGGAGCGGCCACCCCCAAGAAGGCCGCCAAGAAGACUCCAAAGAAGGCGAAGAAGCCGGCUGCAGCCGCAGGAGCCAAAAAAGCCAAGAGCCCGAAGAAGGCGAAGGCGGCUAAGCCCAAGAAGGCGCCCAAGAGCCCUGCCAAGGCGAAGGCGGUGAAGCCCAAGGCGGCUAAGCCCAAAACGGCCAAGCCUAAGGCGGCCAAGCCAAAGAAAACCGCAGCCAAGAAAAAGUAAUUUUCUUUGGCCAACUGCUUAGAAGCCGAACAACCCAAAGGCUCUUUUCAGAGCCACCCACAAAUCUCAGGAAAGGAGCUGUUGCGCGUUCAGAGGGGGCGUGGUCUCUGAGCACACGCCAGUAGGCUGAGCUUCUUUCUGUGCAGCGCGGGGCAGGGCUGGGGUAGUGUUUAGAAGUGUUUGUAGCACACUUAAGGAAGGUUCUUACCUUAGGUGUGUAUACAUAUGUAGACAUUUUAUUGCACAUAAGGAUCACAAACAGCAAUGGGGUAUUUUCACUCUGCGUGGGUGCCACGUUGGUAGGUAGGUACCUGUGUUGUGUUUCGAGACCGCGUUUCUCUGGAGCUUUGGCAGCUCUGCUGCCCGGCCUGGCCUUCUUCCUAGGCCAGGCUGGCCUUGAACUGAGAUCCCCCUGCCUCUGCUUCCCUGAGUGUUAGGAUCAGAGGCGAGCAGCAUCGCGCCCCGCCUUGCAGUUAACUUUUAGGGAGGAAACAGUUUAGCACGGAGGGGUCCUUAGCAUCAAGCGGUACGGUGCAAAAUAAGCUGGAUGAGUCUCCUGGCAACGGCCGCCUGAACCUCAUCGCAGCCCCCGCUGUGCUGAGUCACACGGGUACGGUGAGCUGAGCGUACGCUUGAAAACAUAACUUGGCCGUGUCUCGGCGAUCGUGCUUGAAUAGGUUAGCUCUAGCAGACUUGUGCAGUUUAGUUCGUACUUUCUGAUUGGCGGACGGGAGGUGACAAGGCAGCCAAUGAGACAGUAGCCCUUCAAGUGUCGUUUACGCUCCUGUUCGUGACGAAACGCUAAAACUAAUCCAAUCCUGAAGGAAAUCUUAUUAACCUCAUUUGAAUACUGCGUAAUGUGAAUGAAUUAUGGAGUGUGACCGGUAACAGGGUGGUAAUUUUCCAAAAUGCUUGUUUGGUGUGCCAGUUGGAGGAAGUUAAAUUUUGCACAACAGUGCCAGAGCGGGGGAAGUCCGCGCCAGCCCCAUAGAAGCACUCCUAGGAGCUGUCACCAACUCGCAGAAGGACGUCAGGCGGCGCAGGCGCAGCCGCAAGGAGAGCUACUCGGUGUACGUGUACAAGGUGCUGAAGCAGGUGCACCCGGACACUGGCAUCUCGUCCAAGGCCAUGGGCAUCAUGAACUCGUUCGUCAACGACAUCUUCGAGCGCAUCGCAUUACAAAAAGCACCAUCCCAUCUCAAUAGAUCCUGACGACCAUUCUCCGUGGCGCAGGGAACUCGCCAAGCACCGAGCCUGUAACCAGUAAAGAAGCCAAGCAAGGCAGGCAUGUUCACGCACGAUUUCGAAGACUUUCAGGGACCGUGCGUUCUUUCAACAAGUGAGUUGUAGCCGUUUCGAGUGUCCUCACGCUUAAAGUUAGGCGCCUCUUUUUACAGUCUGUUGGACACGCGGUCGAGAUGCUAGCCUGGAAUGCCCAAUCCUUCCCAACCGAAUUCUAUUCGCGUGCACCGCCCUGCCCGCCCUUCUCACGCUAACGUGAGCUCCGCGAUGCCCUGGAAAUGCGGGAAACAGCGUAGCUUCCAGGAACCACGCACCCACGUUCACCUGUGGGUUCUAUAUAGUUAAUCUGCUGCCGUGUAGUUACAAAUUAACUCCAGGUGCUGUCCAACCGUGCCGCUCUCAGUUCUGGUACUGAACUAUCCUCUUCUAGAAAUGAAACUGCCCUUAGACUCCCGGGGUUGCUCUCCCGGAGCACGAAUGAGCAUGCGCAGACACUUAAUUUCGCUUAGAGCUUUUCCUUUCUCUCGGGUCCCCAACCCCACCCCCAACCUUCUUCUUUCUAUAAGAUAUGUGCCAGUGAAAAGGACUCUAACACAAGAGUUCCCACAGAAAUAUGAAUUUUGUGAAUGCUUGCUUUUCCAGCCUGCCAGUUUUAACGUGACUUGGGUUUGCCGCUGACAGAGAUGAGGCUCAGGCAGAAGGAAUGUUCAGGUUCCCUGUUGCUGUAUCUUAGUUACUUAGUCUGUGGUCUUUGAGCAGCUUUCAGCGAGUGUGUUCUCUGAGCGCUCGGCAUAGGGGUGCGCCUCUGACAUCCGCAGGCUGAAGUCGGAAGGAGGAAAUCCCGGGUCUGCCAGCUUGUAGCUGUUUCUUCACAAGGCAGACUGGCAUCUUGUGGCUGGAGAGCUAAAAUAAACGAAUGAAGCAGAAAGGCUGGGAGAAAAGCAAACGUGAAGAGAACUGGGGGCGAUGGAGGAAGCAGUGAACUUAAACUCUCACACCCUCAUGAACAAUAAGUGGUUCAUAUUGUGGGCAUGAUUUUUUCAUAUAUAAUACGACAAGUUUGAUUCCUGUAUGGAUAAAUUAAAAUCCUGAUGAUGUUUCCCCUUUUGUAAAGUAGGGCGGUGGGUCAGGGCAUAGGACAUGGUCUGUAUGAAACCCCAGUUGACCUUGUCCAGCCUAAACUUUGGUAUUUAGGGUGUUACACGGAGCUGGACCAUUGAAUGAAGCCUUACCCAGAGUGUUGAGCUGAUGGUGCUGAGGUGCCAGACGGAAGCUCUUUCCUCAGCAGAGGAUGACCUGGAACUCCACUCUGUGAAGAACGGGUGGGUGGCCUCUCCCCACAUGAUUGCACAGAAAAGCUCAAGCUCUGCACUUAGUUCUGGAUCAGACUUAUUUAUUCCCAGCCUUCAAAUCAACAGAUGCCGGUAGCUAAAUUAAGGAUUCAAUCAGAGUUUUGCUUAGGUGGUUUUGUGUCUCAGAGCACCAGGUAGAUUUGAUACUAUUUUUUUUUUAAUGCGCAUUUGUAGAACUGUGCAUCAGUGCCCUGGUAUAGAAAGAUCGUGGCUUUCUAAAGAUGAGGCCCGAGGUAAAUUGGCCGGGCUCCAAUGGAUGGCGCCCCACACCCAGGAAUCUGUGGACUAAAUAAAUAAAUAAACUGGAAUCUGAUACACAUUUGGGAAGGGUUUGGGAAGUGGAGAUAUAUAAGGGAGGAGUUAGGGGCAGGAUGAAUAGGAUUAAAUGCACCGUAUAAAACCUCAAAGACUUAAUAAAAUAAUAUUUAAAACUUUCAAAAAAGAAGAUUGUGGCUGAGAAUGUUCUAGGACUGGUGAAUUUCUCAAUACUAGAAACAAAUAAAUGAAAAAAUAUUACAAGAUGAUCAUCAUGGUAUGUUGAAUCAGACUAUAGGCCCUUGACAAAUAUAGUACUCAUUGUCUGGAAGCCCUCUUCUGGCCUCCUGGGACACCAGACAUGUAUACAAUGCACAUAUAUAAAUGCAGGCAAAAUAUCAGACACAUGAAAUGAAAAUAAAGAAACUUCUUUAAAAGAAAGCCAUGGGGUAUAGCGGUGCAUGCCUUUAAUCCCAGCAGUCAGGAGGCAGAAGCAGGCAGAUCUCUGUGAGCGUGAGGCCAGCCUGAUCUGCAUACCAGUUUCCAUGCCCACAAAGACUGCAGAAUGAGACCAAGCCUCAAAAAAAGAAGGAUAGGAAAGGCUAACAGUCAUCAUUGUCUUUUAAGUUCCUUUCCACAAUAAUCCCUUGAGAGUAUGAGUUAUAGUAUUUCCUUGUAUAUGUAUGUAGCAUUUAUUUAGUUGUAAUUUUCUUCCAACUCGAUUUUCAGGUAGUAAUUAUUUAUGGCUCUUAUCCUUUCUCUUUUUCCCAUCCCAUGAACCUGCACCCUUCCCUCUUUUCACCUGUUUAAAAAAUAUAUAAGUAGAGUUCCUAAUGUUGGUUCAUGCUUGCAUUCAUAACACACAUAUUUUUUGUUCAUAAUGUGUUAUUAAAUAAAAUAUGUCUGGAUA